AUGGCGCCACACUCCACCGGCAAAUCCGACCUUCGAAUGGCUGGGUUGUCUGUGGUUGCAGCGGCAGUGUGCCUUGGAGUGCAGGGCUGUGGCGGCAAGGUCUACCAGAGCCUCGAAGAAGCGCAGAACGAGACAUGCGUAGACCUGGCAGACCCUGGCCAAGCGUGCCUCGACUACUGUUUGGAGUGCAUUCGCGGCUACCAUGACAGCCUUGCAUGGUACGAGCAGAACGGCAAGGAGUUCAACGAACAGCUUGUGCAACGUUGCGGUAGUACCAAGGUCUGUCCUCCGCUUGGGUACAUCCCGCCAUGA